UCGUAUGAAUUUAAAUUUCACUUUUCAUCGAGCACUGCACGCGAGGCAGCCAAGUAGGCGGCGAUAGCGAAUAGUGAGCAGUUCAUGGCAGUUCAAAUCGGUGCUCCAAAGAGGGACGACGACGACGUCUAGGAAUAAUUGUCGUUUCAACACUACACAUUAUUAUUUGCUGCUAUUAAAAAUUGGCACUUUGUCGCUAUUGUGGUUGUUAAUGUAGUUGCUGCUGUUGUGCUGUGCGCAUUUUGCAAAUUACAUAAAUUGUUUGGCUGUCUGUGGUUAACUUAUCUAUAUUUAGACGUUGGCAAUACUUUACGUAUCAAUUGUGUGUUUAGUAGAUUGGUUUUCCGCGCCAAAAACAUUUAACACGCAACUUCUGCUUGGGCAAUUAUUCAGCGUUAAAUCUCCCAAGAAAAGAUUAAAGCUGUAUAAAAACAAAGUUUAAGCGGUCCGCAGCACACGCGACAUAAGAAUAAACUGAGAAAAAAGUGCAAGCAGGUCGACUGCGACGACAACAAGCUCUACGACGUCAUCAGCUGUUCGUUUGGCAGCUCUGUUCUCUCUAUCCCUCCUCCUCUCUUACAGUUUGUAGUUGUUGUAAAGAUUUUGCGGUAGUGGCAGCGCUUCACAUUCGCGCCCGUUACGUCUCGCUGUUAGGUCUCGUUUUGUGUGUUACGUAGUUUUUAGCUAGUUUCUGUUUUUGUCUUUGUUUUCGUUUUCAUUCUCGUAUUCUUGUUAGUUUUGUUUUUUGCCAUAUUUGCAAUGACUUCUAUGACAUUGCUCUCUUGCCUGCGUCGUGCUGCCAACACCAACGCCACUCUACAGUGGCGGUUCAUUCACACACUUCAAAGGCGCCAACAAUUACACCAACAAUGUAGGCGUAUGCACGCAGCAACAACAGCAGCAACUGCAACAACAACUCGUGACAGCUGCAACGAGACAAAAUUUAAUGCAAAUGGCAGCGAGCAACGCAGAGCUAUGUCGUCGUCGUCCUCGUCCUCCGCACCGAAACUCGUGGCCGUUGCCGAAUCGCGGCGAUUUAUGAUCGACUGCUUUCUGGCAGUGAAGGUGCCUCAGGCCCAUGCCGAGGCCCAGGCCGACCUGCUCGUGGCAGCCGAUCAUCGCGGCCACUUCAGUCACGGCAUGAACAGACUGGAAAUGUAUAUCAAUGAUCUGGCCAUCAACUCGACCGAUGGCGGUGCCGAACCAGUGGUGUUGAAGGAAACUCCCUCAACAGCCUGGGUCGAUGGUCGCAAUGGAUUGGGCGCUGUCGUUGGCAAUUAUUGCAUGGACUUGGCCAUCAAGAAGGCGAAACAGGUGGGCGUCGGCUGGGUAUGUGCUAAGGGCUCGAACCAUUAUGGCAUGGCUGGCUGGUACUCGAUCCGUGCCAUGGACCAAGGACUGGUGGGCAUUUCCAUGACCAACACCUCGCCUCUGAUGGCGCCCACACGCUCCAAGGAGGCAGCCUUGGGAACCAAUCCUUUGGCGGUGGGUGCACCCGCAACAAACGGUGACAAGUUUUUGCUGGACAUGGCUACGACGGCCGUAGCUGUGGGCAAGAUUGAGAUACAGAGACGCAAGGGCGCCCCCUUGCCCGAUGGCUGGGCCCAAGAUCCCAGUGGCAAUGUCACAAAUGAUGCAGAGCUCGGCUUCUCCACCGGCUGUCUGAUGCCGCUCGGUGGCUCCGAACUAACUUCGGGCUACAAAGGCUACGGCUUGGGCGCCAUGGUGGACAUUCUAACGGGCGUCAUGUCCGGGGCACAUUACUCGACGCAGGUGCGCAAAUGGACCCAUGCGGGGGCUAAUUCGGCAGCUGAUUUGGGUCAGGUCUUCAUUGCCGUGGAUCCCAACUGCUUUGCGCCCAAUUUUGAGGAACGUAUGAGCGAUUUUAAUUCACGUCUGCGCAGCUCAGCGCCGACUGAUUCCAGCAAACCUGUACUACUCGCUGGUGAUAAGGAGUCCCAGAACAUGCAGGCCGUCAAUGCCGUGGGUGGCAUUCAGUAUCUGGAGAAUCAAUUGAAGACUUGCGCCGCACUGGCUGAGAAACUAAAAAUCAAACCACUCGGCUUUUUGUAGACAGCGCUGCGAACACUAGGCAUAUCAUAUUUUAAUUUGCUGUCCAGGCAUUUGCAUUUUCAAGCAAUAUUUUGAUAACAACGUUUAGUGCCUAAGUAUUGGACUCAUGAUACGUGGUAUCGUUUAUGUUUUAGCGUGUUGUUCUUUUGCAAAAUGUGUUUGCAUUCCUAAAUAUAAGUUAGAAGUUUUUCACGAUGCGACCAAAAAACAUUAAACUAUUCUUAGAACUAAUAAAUCAAUUAAUUUUUUAAA